AUGUCAUUUGUCUCAUGUCUCGUGUGUCUUUCAGUCCUGGAGAUCCUGCAGCUGGUGAAGAAGCGGGACCUCCUGCUGGCUGACACUCACAUCCUGGAGCUGGAGCAGGAGUGUAACGAGUCCUCCUCCGCCGAGCGGGGCGCCGCGCCGCAGCCGGAGGACGCCACAAGCCCCAGCGUCAAAGACGGCGGGCGGAGGAAGGCGAAGGACGUGGAGCUGCUGUACGAGGAGCUGCAGAAGGAGCUGUGGGCCGUCGUCAGGGAGUCUCUGAGGUCCCCGACAGCGGGGCCCAACCUGGGCCUGGUGGUACAGGUGCUGCAGCAGGAGGAACAGGCAGAUAAAGACUGGUCCCUUAGUGAGACUGCAGCCCCGGGGGGCCCGAGGCCCCGCCAUCUGAAGCAGAGGUGGAAGGAGGCGGUGGAGGAGGCAGCUGACGGCUCUCUGCCUCAGAAGGCCGAGUUCACAGCCGGAGAGCUGGACAGGUACCUGGACCGGCUCCGAGCCCGGGUGGUGGACGACCUGGGGGCCGCCAAGAGGAACGUGGUGUCCAUCUACCCGGACGAGUACCAGCCCUUCCAGGUGUACGUGCAGAGCUACCACCAGGCUGUUGCUAGGCGACUGGAGGCCAUCACUGACAACCAGCUGGAGAUCACAGACAUCUACUCCCUGCUGGACUGGCUGCAUAACAUUUACAACAGAGAUGUUCUGGGGACCGUGUGCAUCACGAGUCCGUUCAGCCGCGCUCACCUGAGUCCUCUGCUGCCUUCAGAGACUGUGGACAGACUGGAGCUGGACUGUCUCAACUCUGUCAGG